UCAGCUUUUCAUGUUAUGUUGGGCUUCGGAUUUGUAAUAAUAUUUACCACUGAGGCAAAUGUUUCUUUAAUUCUCUGUUUAGAAAUGGAAAAUGUAAGUGUAAAGAUAGAGGAACGUGUUGUGCAAGGUGAUGAGAGGCAGGUAGCUGGGGCUGAGGCAAGGGAGGAGUUUAGUGAGACAGUAAAGGACAUUGAUGACAUACAGACGCCCUCAAAGGCCUGUACUAAUGACACAGAGAAAAACAGGGAUGUUGAUGAAAAAGAUCAGCCAGCUAAAUCUGAUACAGUUGCCGGAUUAGACAAAGGAGCAGAUGGAGAAAAAGCAGAUGCAAUUGAAAGUGAUCAAAAUGUGCAGGAUGAGGAGGACAAAAGUCAGGAGGAAGAGGAUAAAGACCAAGUAAAUGGGGACCCACCAGAGGAUGAAGAGCAGAGAACCAAACUGUUCCAGGAGGGCCUGCAGUAUGACAAGGAUGGGAACAGGACAGAGGCCCUUAAGUGUUACCUUAAGUGUCUGGUAGGGCUCAAGGAAAACUCACGCUUCGCCCUGCUUCCCCAGUGUCUCAGAAACAUUGGUGACAUCUACUUCAGCAGGGAUGAAUAUGAGAAAGCUAUCAGCUUCAUUCAGGCAGAGAAACUGUACUAUGAGAGCGUCCUCAUUGAUGACUCAGAGUUGCAGCGUCAUAUUGAUGAGGCGAGUGGCCAGGCGAGUACGGAGGAAAUAAACAUGGACACACUGAGAGCCACAGAAUACGAGCAGCUUGCCCGUCUCUGUAUGGAUGAAAAACAGCCUCUAUAUUACAGGCCCCAACUGGCUCUGGAGUAUGCAGGCAAGGCGACCAAGCUACGACAAAAGGUGUUCGGGGACGGCCAUCCUGUGGUACAGCAGACCCUUGACUUUUUCGCCACCGUGUAUGCUGAGGUUGGCAAGGUCCAGUAUACAGAAUCCAUGACGAAAUAUGAUCCUUCGGAGAAACCAGACCUUUCAGGGGAGACAACUGGAUCAGGAGACAGCGCUCCGCCCAGCCCGACCAAUGAACCUACCUCCAUCCUCCGCAAGAGGAAGAGCACUGGCGAUGAUCAGCGGACACGGCGAGUGACGUUUGAUGAGAGUCAGAUUCCACCAGACGCAACCAAUGACAGAGGUUGGACUCAACUCAAGGAGCGGUGUGCAAGGUUUGUGUUACUGCUGCUGUUUUUCACGCUUCUGCUGGUGCUGCUUAUCCUUGGCGUGUACAUCUCGUGCAGCCUCACACAGUCCACAGGAUGUCGGAAUGUUCGUCGCCUUAUCUAUGACGCUGUGAUGCGCCUGCGAUACCUCUAUUACCACUACACAACAACGGCACAGGAUGUGCACUAUGCAUAACAGAAGGACUGUUUCUUGCGGGAAAUGACAUGAUAUAAUUCAUAAAAUAAAUAUUGAAUUUUUUACUUUAAUGCUGGCAUUUUCAUAAAAAAAAAUCAAAAGAUAUGUAAAGAGGUUUAGUUUUUCUAAAAAUCAACAACGAUGUUCUAUUAUGCUAUACCAGUAUAUAAAGUGUUUCUUAGAAUUUAUAUGUAUAUUUGACCAAUAGUACAUGCCAAGACUUGACUGUGAUAACUUCAAUACCAACUAAUUGAUGUCAAAGGGUGUUUUUUACUUCUUUGUGUUUUUUACAUACAAAUUUUUGAUCAUCAUUUCGAUCAUUCCUUUUUUUGUAAUUUUCAAACUAAUAUUAUUACUUACUCACUUUUUUGUAAUGUGCAUUGGUGACUAUAAAAACUGCACUUAUUUAUCAUAUUUUACAUUUAACAUGUAGUAAGGUUGUUUUUAAAAGAAAUAGUCAUUUGUUUAAAAGGUAUGGGUUUUUUUUCAAAAUGAUAACCAAAUGGAUGUUAUCUAAUUGAUAACUUACCUGUUAGGAACUUAGGUUAAGUACAUAUUUAUAGUUAAUAUACAAAAAUUAAGCUGUUGGUAGUUUGUUAUCUUAACAUACUUAAAAUAACACUAACACAUCCUUCAAUCAUGACACAGCCUUUCUCCAUAUUUUUUUACACUCAAGUCCAAGAAAUGAUUUCAAAAGUAAACAUAAAAUUAAUUAGGUUAUCUUUUAGCAUAUAUGUAUUAAAUACUCUAUUGUUUAUGUCAAAUGAAGUUGGGCAAAAAUAUAAAUUGUAAUGUUGCAUUUAAGUUAUCUAAUAUAUAUAAUUAUACCUGGAUUUUAUAGUACAUUGCAUGUGACUGCUAGUCUUUUUAAAGGUGAUAUCAAACGGACAUUUAGUACAUAUAGUACAUUUGUGAUAAAUGUAUACCACUGUAAUCUGCCAGGCAGUUUACUUCUACAAUGCCAGUUAUAUUAUUGUUAUUGCAUAAUUGUUAUCAUUGUUUAGGGUUUUGUUUUAAGCUUGCCUGUUUUUUUUAAGAAGAAAAAUCGAAGAAUGUCAUAGGCUUGAUGUUGUCAUCUUCGGCGAUGUCUGCAUGCCUUAAAUCAAAGACUGUUCAAGACAUUUUACUGUAACUUGGUACAUUGUAAUUAUGUUGCCAGAGACAAUGCAAAUAUGUACAGUUUAAUAGGCCAAUAAGUCUGGUUUUAUUAAUAAUUGAGUUACGCCCCUUUUUGACAGAAAAACUACCAGACUGAGCAUUUUCUAUCAGGAAAUAAAUACAUAGAUAUAUCUUCAUGUAUGGGUAUUUUAUAUAUGUUUAAUGUCCAUAUGUUGCUAAAGUGUUUCCAACAUUCAUUUUGUUUUCUCCUUGGUAUUGUUAAUGUGAUAAUGCUCAAACUUGGAAGUAUUUUCACAACCUGCAACCAGAUUUAUAUCUCAAACCUGUGCCUUUUGUAAAAAUGUUUAUUUUUAGCUGAUUUUUAGUUUGACUAGUCAUUUACCAUUACACAUUACUGACUGUUUAGUAUUUUACUAACUUAAUUUUUCGCCCAGUGACUUACAAAUUGAGAAGGAAUUUUUAGCUUAGCAGAAUAUAACGGACUUCUUUCCAUUGUCACUGGUGCACUCAUGUAAGAUAUCUGAUUAAUGAUUACCGGUAUGUGAACUUUGGAAUCCUGGUUACCCAUACUAUUUGGUCUUUUGUUAAAAAGGGUUAUAUUUAUAGAAUAUGUAUAAAUAAUUUGAGGGGAAAUAUAACAAACAAUCUUUCCGGGGGUUGAAAAAUUGUGAAAUGGGCCAAUCAAGUCCAAUUUUGUUAAAAUAAAGACAUAAUCUACAGUAAUUUGAUAUGUUAUGUGUCCUAGUUCAUUUAUUUUACCCCCUUGUCAUCAGCAAGCAAUACCCAAAACUAUAUGGGCCACCAGACAUCCAAAUUCAGCUUCCUUGCCACUGGCAGGAUGGAAUGCCAGGCUUAUUGGCGAAUUGGAUAUCUUAUUUACUAAUCUAAAAAAAAUACAAUGUAGUACAAAACCAAAAAUAUCAUAAUCAAAUUUCUUCACAGUUUACCGUAGAUCAUUCACAAUUAUGUCAGCAUAUGUUUCACUUAUUUCUCAUUUUAUAGUGUGUUGUCACUUAACUACUUGUAAUGAGCACUGCUUCAAACACUUAUUUAUAUUGCUGAUACAUUAUACCAGAUUGGUUGUGUAAAUUCUGUACUCAUAUUAACCAUGCAUUUCAUUGUUAUACAUCUAUUUAUUUGUUAGAUUAUUCUCUUACUAACCUAGAAAGCAGGCUUUCUAGUUGCCCAUUGUAGGAGACUGUCUCGUUGAUAUGUAAACAAAAAUGUGAUUUUUGUGUUCGUACAUAAAGGAACACAGGCAUUUAAGAAAUGGUGGUAAAUUUUAAGACUUAAUUAAAUUGUAAUUUUUGAUUUUGAGUUGCAUUUUGUUUGCAAAACAAUCUGUUUACUUGUCUUUUAUUUUAUAUAUGCAUAUCACUUUCUAUUACUUGUUUCAACUUAUGAGUUCUUUUAGCAAAAGACAUCUGAAAUAAACUCAGACUUCUAA